AUGAGGUCCCAUCCACAACAAUCAGUAGUUGAUGAGCUCCGGGCGAAGCAACUUCUAAAUGGACAGCCAUGCUACAAUUCGUACGGAGCAUCAGGCGUUUGUAAAAGUGUAACCUCGUGCCCAACGUCCUUUCAGUUGAACAUAAAUCCCCUGAGCCUGUUCGGUGGUUCUCAGCAAGGAUGUCGGAACCUUCUCGGCAUUGGCAAAGUGUGCUGCUCGAAUGCCUAUGCCAGCCCAGUAGAGAGACCUCAAGCAUCUGUUACGCUAGCACCAUUAACUACGAAACCGUCGACGACGGCCCGGCCCGUAGUGCAGCUGGAAUGCAUCGGCUCCGAUGGCAAGGCUAGACCGUGUGACUCGUCAGUUGCAACACAAUCAACGCCAACAACAAGCGGUACAACAACGACACGAUCGACAACCAUUCGCACCACAGCGCGAAUUAUUUUGAAGAACAGACCAGAAGGUGAACCUGCGUUCGAUAAACCGUCCGUACUACCGACGCCCGAAACAGGCUGUGGUUUGAGCGAUGUCGAGCAUAAUCGAAUCGUUGGUGGUGUACCGGCAGCACUUCAUGGAUGGCCCUGGAUGGCCCUGGUGGGUUAUGAAGGAAGCUUGGGAGACGUCGAUUUCCGAUGCGGCGGUACCCUGAUCACUGAUCGUCACGUCCUUUCCGCGGCACAUUGCAUCUUGACCACGCUGUCCGUAGUUCGGCUGGGAGAGCAUGAUAUCAGCCAGACAGAGCCCGCUCAUAUAGAUGUUCCUAUUUAUAAGUAUAUUUCACAUCCUGCUUAUGACACGUUCGACGGACAUUCGGAUCUGGCAAUACUGUUCAUGGCAAAAGCUGUGGAAUUUAAUGAUGCAGUAAAACCAAUAUGCCUUCCGUCGGUCGAGCCGCUCCGUAGUGGGGACUUUACCAACUAUAACCCCUUCAUUGCUGGAUGGGGUCGCACCGCGGAAAUGGGCUUCGAAGCGAAUGUCCUGCAGGAGCUACAGAUUCCGAUUCUGGAGAACGCAGAAUGCGUUCAGUUGUACAGAAAAAUCAACAAAGUGUUCAGCAAGAAGCAGUUCAACGAUGCCGUCCUAUGCGCCGGCAUUCUCGAGGGGGGCAAGGAUUCGUGCCAGGGGGACAGUGGUGGCCCUUUAAUGCUGCCCCACGUGAUUGGCAAGAAAUUCCACUACUUCCAGAUCGGUGUCGUUUCGUACGGAGUCGGUUGCGCACGCGCCGACAUUCCUGGGGUUUACACGAGAGUGGCCACCUUCGUGGAUUGGAUCAUACAGCAGAUUUCCGUUGCCUAA